CCUCGUUGCCGCUCUAUGCCGCUCCGCCCUGGCUCGCUGGUCCCAGAAGGCGCCGGGUUUCCCAAGAUGGCGGCUGACGUGUCCGUUACUCACCGGCCCCCGCUGAGUCCGGAGCCUGGGGCCGAGGUUGAAACUGACGAUGCCCCAGAGCGCCGGGCGCCCGAAGAAGAACUGCAGCCGCUAGAUCCAGAGGAGAUCAGGAAACGCUUGGAACACACCGAGCGCCAGUUCCGUAACCGCCGCAAGAUACUGAUCCGGGGCCUCCCGGGGGACGUGACCAACCAGGAAGUGCACGACCUGCUCAGCGACUAUGAGCUCAAGUACUGUUUUGUGGACAAAUACAAAGGGACAGCCUUUGUGACCCUGCUGAANNGGGAGCAAGCCGAGGCCGCCAUCAGCACCUUCCACCAGAGCUGCCUGCGGGAGCGCGAGCUGUCUGUGCAGCUGCAGCCCGCUGACGCCUUGCUCUGCGUGGCCAACCUGCCCCCCAGCCUCACGCAGCAGCAGUUCGAGGAGCUGGUGCGGCCCUUCGGCAGCCUGGAGCGCUGCUUCCUGGUCUAUAGCGAGCGCACUGGCCAUUCCAAGGGGUAUGGCUUUGCCGAGUACAUGAAGAAGGACUCGGCUGCCCGUGCCAAAUCGGACCUGCUGGGCAAGCCGCUGGGCACGCGCACCCUCUAUGUGCACUGGACAGAUGCGGGGCAGCUGACACCCGCCCUGCUCCACUCCCGCUGCCUCUGUGUUGACCGCCUGCCCCCUGGCUUCAGUGACGUGGACGCCCUGCGUCAGGCUCUGUCGGCUGUCCACACACCGACCUUCUGCCAGCUGGCGUACGGCCAGGAUGGGCAGCUGAAGGGCUUCGCUGUGCUGGAGUAUGAGACUGCCGAGAUGGCUGAAGAGGUGCAGCAGGAGGCAGACGGCCUGGCCCUGGGGGGCAGCCACCUGCGCAUCUCCUUCUGUGCCCCAGGACCCCCUGGGCGCAGCAUGCUGGCUGCGCUCAUCGCUGCCCAGGCCACGGCCCUCAAUCGGGGCAAAGGACUCCUGCCUGAACCCAAUAUCCUGCAGCUGCUCAACAACCUGGGGCCUUCCGCCUCCCUCCAGCUGCUGCUCAAUCCCCUGCUUCACAGCAGCUCGGGAGGCAAGCAGGGUCUCCUGGGUGCCCCUCCAGCCAUGCCACUGCUCAAUGGGCCUGCUCUGUCCACGGCGCUGCUGCAGCUGGCCCUGCAAACCCAGGGUCAGAAGAAGCCUGGGAUCCUGGGAGACUCUCCCUUGGGCCCCCUGCAGCCUGGUGCCCAGUCGGCCAACCACCUCCUUGGGGAGCUGUCUGCAGGAGGGGGCCUGCCCCCGGAGCUGCCACCCCGGCGAGGGAAGCCACCACCCCUGUUACCGCCACUGCUUGGUCCUUCCGGAGGCGACCGAGAACCCAUGGGCCUGGGUCCCCCAGCAGCCCAGCUCACUACACCCCCUGCCCCUGUGGGACUCCUAGGCACUGGCCUUAGAGGCCUACAGAAAGAUAGUGGACCUCUGCCAACACCGCCCGGGGUCUCACUGUUGGGGGAGCCUCCCAAGGACUUCCGGAUCCCCCUGAACCCUUACCUGAACCUACACAGCCUGCUCCCUGCCAGCAAUCUGGCGAGUAAGGAGGCCCGGGGCUGGGGAGGCGCCGGGAGAAGCCACCACCCAGCUGAGGGCCCCCUGCCUAACCCCCCAGUCCCCAGAGGCGGCGGUGGUGGAGGUGGCGGCAGCAGCAAAGCCUUCCAGCUCAAAUCCCGCCUGCUCAGCCCCCUCACCAGCACGCGCCUGCCCCCCGAACCAGGGCUUCCUGACAGCUAUGGCUUCGACUACCCUUCGGACAUGGGACCUAGGCGGCUCUUCUCCCACCCACGGGAGCCAGCCCUCGGGCCUCACGGACCCAGCCGACACAAAAUGUCCCCUCCACCCAGUGGCUUCAGCGAACGGAGUGGUGGAGGUGGUGGGGGAUCCUUCUCUCACUUUUAUUCGGGCUCGCCCACUUCCUACUUCACCAGCGGCCUGCAGGCUGGCCUCAAGCAAAGCCACCUUAACAAGGCGGUUGGUUCCUCUCCACUGGGCUCCGGAGAAGGGCUCCUGGGCCUGGGCCCUGGGCCCAAUGGCCAUAGCCACCUGCUGAAGACGCCACUGGGUGGCCAGAAACGCAGUUUUGCCCACCUGCUGCCCUCGCCAGAGCCCAGCCCAGAAGGCAGCUAUGUGGGACAGCACUCCCAAGGCCUUGGUGGCCAUUAUGCAGAUUCGUACCUGAAGCGCAAGAGGAUUUUCUAAGGGGCUAGUGCCAGAGAUGCUCCAGGGCCUGCACCAAAUCGCUUCUGGGUUUUCUGGUGUUUUGUUUUUUUGUUUUGUUUUUUCCUUUCAGUAAUAGAAAAUCUCUGAAAGACUUUGCUGACCAACCAGCUGGAGCCCAAGGAGUAUGGGAGAGUCUGGGGGCUACUCUGCAUCUCUGGUCUGCUCCUAGCACGGAAACCCUGCAGCCUUAAGAGAGAGCAGGCUGGGCCCCUUUCUGCCCUCCCUGUGUCCGCCAGCAUCUGCCUCUCGGGGAGCCCUCUUCUGCCUCGUCGCUCCUGUAUCUUGGCCUUUCGAGUGCCUUGGAGGUUUCCCUGACCUCCCGUGAGGAUCAGAGACUAUCCCUCUUUUUUAACUUUGACAAUUGACUUUUGUUUCCUUUUCUAAUUUUUAUUAUUU